UGCCGCGGUGGUGAUGUGUCGUGCGAGAAAAUGGUGUAACGGUCUCUUUCACUAAAUGUGAAUUUGUAUUAAAACUGAGGGAAAACGACAGUUGUCACCGAUAAAAAAGUAAAAACAGGGAAAGAUGAUGUGAGUUGUUACAGAGGGACCACUUGAAUGCAGUGGUUAUGCUCAUGCCCAGAUACGUAGGCAGUGACUUCAUACUCAUUUUUCAGUGCACGUCCAGUGGCCGUCGCUUCUGUAUAAGAAUGGAUAUAUCGCCAAGAAAACGAACAUGCUUUCAUCUAAUUUCGCUGCAUACGCGUUAACGAAUAAUACAGACAUGUGAGGAGACGUGUUUAAUGUCAGUGCUUGUCAGUGGGCUGCUCUGUUUUGGAUUAUUUGCUGUUGAAAUACGUUUUUUCCAGAGCCGCGGUGCGUUCGCUGACUAUCAUACUGCUUAAAAAUGAAGAUGGGCUGUAACAGAUGAUGGUGAUGGUGAUGAUGGAGGCACGAUCGAUUACAGAUGCACUCUACCAAGGUGGCAGCAUUGGCACAAGCAGCAGAUGCUGUGAUCAUCAUGUACUCCGUCCAUACACGAGGAAUAACGCUGAAAUUGAUGACUGUGGGAUCCUUAUAAAUUGUUAAUAAUACAAUGAACACCACUGUUACACCAUCAGACCUGGUGGAUGUGCCAAGACAGCAGACCUUCAAUGGCACCCUGGGCACGACCCCAUCAGGCUGGGCCGUGAUUCACACCGCCACCUUGACCUUUUGCUCCCUCCUGCUCAUCUUCAUCUUCUGCCUGGGCUCCUACGGCAACCUGGUGGUGUUCCUCUCCUUUUUUGACCCCAUGUUUCGCAAGUUCCGCACCAACUUUGACUUCAUGAUCCUCAACCUGUCCUUCUGUGACUUGUUCAUCUGCUGUGUGACUGCUCCCAUGUUUGCGCUGGUGCUCUUCUUGGAUGCAGGUGGAGGGGACGGCGUGUCGAAGAGUUUCUGCUUCGCCUUCCACUUGACCAGCUCGGGCUUUAUCAUCAUGUCCCUGGAGACGGUGGCUGUCAUUGCUUUGCACAGGCUGCGCAUGGUGUUGGGGCAGCAGCCAAACCGCACCGCCUCCUUCCCCUGCACGCUGGCGCUCACUGCGCUGCUGUGGACAUCCAGCUUCACCAUGGCGGCUCUCCUUACAAUACGAGCAUACCCACGCAGAGAUGGACCCUGCUUGCCCCACUUUGGCCUGGGAGGUGGACAGGCCAGGGUUGUGUUGUAUGUCUACCUAGCAGACUUUGCCUUUUGUGUCGCUGUGGUGUCUGUGUCCUAUCUGAUGAUUGCUCAGACACUGAGGAAGAACGCACAAGUGAGGAAAUGUCCCGUCAUCACUGUAGAUGCCACAUGCCCUCCACCCCCACCACCUCUCAUUGCAGCAGGCUUUGAGAGCAUGCAGUGUGCUGUUCAAGGCCCCUCUCUGUACCGUAACCAGACUUACAACAAACUGCAGAACGUUCAGACACACUCUUACGUUAACAAGACCAGCCAGCCUCUGGUUCCAGGCGCUGCCCAAGGAGCCACCUGCUGUCAGCUGGUGUCUACAGUCAACUUGGCCACCGCCAAGGACUCCAAGGCAGUUGUCACCUGUGUAGUUAUAGUGUUCUCUGUGCUGCUUUGCUGCUUGCCCAUGGGAGUUUCACUGGCACAGGAUGUUCUGUCACCAGAAAGUAGCUUUGCACAUUACCAGUUUGAACUGUGUGGCUUUGUGCUCAUUUUCCUUAAGUCGGGCAUCAAUCCCUUUGUGUACUCACGCAACAGCGCAGGCCUCCGACGCCGUGUGCUGUGCUGUGUUCAGUGGGCGGCACUGGGCUUUCUCUGUUGCAAGCAAAAGACUCGUCUGCAUGCGAUGGGGAAGGGCAGCCUGGAAGUCAAUCGCAAUAAAUCCUCCCAUCAUGAGACCAACUCGGCCUAUGUACUGUCACCCAAGCCACAGAGGAGGCUGGUAGACCAGGCCUGCGGGCCCAGUCACUCCAGGGAUUGCGCUGGUAGUCCAAGGGCCACAGGUGCGCGCAAACCUCGCCCCCCAAGUACCUCGACACCUAUCAACACCCGCAUCGAGCCCUACUACAGUAUAUACAACAGCAGUCCCUCUGCAGGGCCCAGCUCCCCCACCAGCCUGCAACCUGUCAGCUCUCAGACAUUUGCCUUCGCCAAAUCUUAUGUAGCCAUGCACUACCACACUCACCAAGAUGCACUACAAGACUUUGAAAGCACCUCAGUGCACCAGAUUCCCAUUCCCUCAGUCUAAUCACAGAGCUGCUAAACAGAAAGGUUUGGACAAUGUUGACAUGGCUUUAAAUCAAAUAUGAAUCAAAAGACGAACAUAAAAAAACAGCCCAUUUUAUGUAUUUGGAAUCUGUAUUAACCUUUUGUUCUCUUCUACAGUGGAAAUACAUGUUAUGUUUUCUUGAGUGGACAUAUUAAAGAACCAGUAUUAUGAGCCUUGCCAUGAGACUAAAGACAAGCAAUAGAUUUGUAAUGGAAGUGUCUGUUCUUUUACAGAUAUUGCAUUUUCUCAUAAAUCUGCCCGUGUUGCACAAGCAUGUGCCAAUAUAACCCAAGGCUCCAUAGGUUUUCAUUGCAGCCAAAGACUGCAGUUGCUAGAUCACUGCUGUUUUCUCUCUGGCUGAAGUUGCUGAAGUUGCUGAGCGCUGAUAUAAGCUGCUGUAGUGUCGGGCUGCUCUGAAACCCUGCACUGGCCCACACAUGGCUGUCGAUGGCAUGUGGUUGCACUUUGAUGAACUUUUGCUUCUUGAGAGAAAUGUGUUUGUGAACCUCAUACACU